AUGAUGUUGAAAUCAAGACAUCAAGUUAGGCAUUUGUUGCAAUUGUCACUAGUGAUAUAUCAUGGAUUCCACGAAGCGAUCGGUGAGGCAAUCGCACUUUCCGUGUCAUCUCCCCGUCACCUCCAAACCCUGGGUCUCAUCCAGAAAUCUGUAGAUGAUACUGCCCAUGAUACCAAUUAUCUCUUCACACAGGCGAUGGAUAAGUUGGCUUUCCUUCCAUUCGCACUGGUGAUGGAUAAAUGGCGCUGGGAUGUCUUCACCGGCGACGUUAGGAAAGAACAGUACAAUUGUCAUUGGUGGAGAUUAAGAGAACAGUACGAGGGUAUUAAGCCGCCUGUGCUACGUUCAGAAUUGGACUUCGACCCUGGCUCCAAAUACCACAUACCAGCAAACAUUCCCUAUAUAAGGUAA